AUGAGCAACGAGGCAAAAAAUGGUGGCGAUUCCAAAAGCAACACGGCUGUUCAACUAGGCUUCUCCGUUCCCUUUGAUGACGAUGAACAUCGCAGUCUAAUCUCCCAUAAGUCUCCACAGUGGCAAGAAUGGGACGGGGGUCAAAUUGGUGGUCGUCCUUCCUGGCUGCAGCCCAAAGAUAUUCCACGUUCAGGCAUGACAUGUGAAGGUUGUUCCGAGCCUCUGGUCUUUGUGUGUCAACUUUAUGCCCCCGCGGAUGAAGUGACUCCCGAGGCUUUUCACCGAUCCUUGUACCUCUUUGCAUGCGCUUCCAAGGAAUGUGCCAAGACUUGCGAAGGAACCGUCAAGGUGCUACGAACGCAAUUGCCCGAAGAGAAUCCAUAUUAUCCAUCGCAACCGGAAGAAGAAGUGAAUUGGACGAAACACGCUCCUACUGCUUGGGAUGUCAAUCUUUGUGCCGUGUGCGGACAACGUGGAAAGGGAUUCUGCUCGCUUCAGCAAAAACACUUUUGUAGCAAGCAACAUCAAAUUGAGUGCAAAAAAUGCAACCCCCAAUCUACAGACAAUAACAAAGCCUUCUUCCCGUCGGUCUACACCGAAUCGGAGCUGGUAGUAGAGGAAGAACCAUCCACUAACGAAAGCAAAAAGUCUUUGGAAUCCAAGGGUAUCUUUACAAAUGAUGGCAACGACGAAGAUGCCGAUUUGGAACAAGAGGAUCUCAAUGCAAUUACCGGUGCCAUUACCUCGGAGGCUUCCAAAGACCCCACCACGAAUGAAUUUUAUGCCCGUACCAAAGUGGUUCCCAAUAUUCAGGAUCAGUGCCUGCGGUACAUGAGGUGGCCUUCGGAAGAAUCAGCCACCCUUGCCAGUAUGCCUCUAUGGAUUAGGAGUGAUCACCAACCUCCCAAGGACAUUCCUCCUUGCAGUUACUGUGGUGAAGACCGUAAAUUUGAAUGCCAAAUCAUGCCCCAAAUGAUUCAUUACUUGAUGAAGGAUCAUGCCAAGCAAUCUCUCGAAAAAGGUCAUGAAAAAAACGAACAAGCAAAGGAGGCCAUUGCCCAAGCCAGUAGCAUUUUGGAACAGGCUCCAGCGGAACAAGUUCCUCCGGAAUUGGCGGAAUCCAACGAAAAGGCGGUGGAAGCAAUGCGAUCUAAGCUAAUGGAUGACAAUGAUGGUUUGAAUUGGGGUGUGAUCUCCGUGUACACAUGUACGGCAAGUUGUGGUGGUGGUUUGACUGUGGAAGAAGGACAAGAGUUGGGAGCCUAUCGGGAAGAAUAUGCAUGGAAGCAACCAUCAUUGGACUAG